UCACCAGCAGCUGUCCGUCAUUUACUCGUUAAGGUCUGAUUGGUCCGGGCUGGUCUCUGGCAACACUUAUAACCGUCCUCCUUUGCCAGGUUCUCCAGUGAAUGCCUUCAUCAUGAUGACUUCACGGUUUGUUGCAGGGGCUUCCCUCUUUGCGAUGCUGAUUGUGAGCAUGUGCUGCCUUCCUGUUAAGCAAGGCUCUUAUCCUGGGGCCUACUAUGGUGGAAGUAAACCCAACACGGCUCCUAAUGUUGGCUUGUACCAGCAAGGGCCCUCUGGUCAGUUUUCACCUGAGGCUGUUGAGUAUUACAAUGUGCCCGCUGAAGGGAUCUACCAAUCACCUUAUCAGGCUGUACCACAGCAGAAGCCCAGUGUCCCUCAGCUAACUGCUCAAAGACAACCAGAACCUGCUGUUGGCCCUGGUUCUUUUGGACCGGUUAAUUCAGGUUACAGGGGAACUUCAGCAAGGCAAAACCCUGACAACUCUGCUCAACCAGAAGCUGUUUAUCAACCUGCCCUUCGAGAAGUCAAAUGGGCUGUUGAACCUCCCAGGAUGCUCUCCGGAGGUGAGGAAGUGUCGACAGGCACCCGUGCCGUUUUCUCCAGUCAACCAGAAAACGUGAGUCCUCCUGGAUCAUUUUACCAGGCAGGGGAGUUGUCCACUUAUUCCCAAAUCUUAGAGCAGGGUAACUCUGAGCAGGAGACGGAGGACCUAGUGCCUCCUCCAGGACCUUUUCCUCUAGGACCUUCUCAACCUCCACCUCAUAGGUCAGAGUCUGCGGGACAAGGAUAUGCUAGACCAAGCUUAACCAGCGAACCUCGACCAGAAGCCAACACGGGCGGAGUUGAGGUCCCUUAUCGGUUCUACGACUUCUUCUUCCUGAACGGACAGUACCCCCCCAGGCACAGUCAGUUUUUCCAGCGACAGCUACGAGCAAGGAAGAGACAGCUUUCAAGACGUUCACUAUGUGAGAGACCAUUUUCCCAAUAACCCUGCACCCGUACAGGGGAGCCAGGCCGCUGCUGCUGCUGCACCCGUCCAGAACUUUUACGCACCCAGGAUACCUGUGAAGAGUCCUUUGAUGGCUGGUUCUGGACGGGAUGGUGCAAAGGCUGCUUCCCCUAGAGGCUUCAGGCAGCCAAUCCGCAACCAGGCCCCUGGCUACAACUUUGGUUAUGGUGGAUACUAGUGACGUGGAUGCCCACAGCAUGAACAAAGAUAUCUGCUAAAUAAAUAUUUUGUUAAUUAC